AUGAUAGCCCAAAAUACUACCAAUAAGACCAGCAAAAUGAGUAGGGUCGCCAACUUGGCACUAAUUAUUAUUCAAUGUUUUGGCGUUGUUUUGAACGGCACAAUCGGUGAGCGCCCGGUGGCUACGGAUCGGUUCAUUCACGGCGUUGUGUUGGACGCACUAAUGCGGUCGAAAGCCGACCCCGAAAGCCGACCCGGGCCGAUUACUGUGCAGUAUAUACUCAUACUAUUUGAAAUCGCGAACCUUUUUGUAUUUAUAUGUAAUGUUUGUUGUGAACCCAAUUUGGGAUCCCUACUGUUUAUGGGUCGACCGAUUGGUAGCUUAGGUGUGAUUAGACCACCGAUUGUUAGCGACACAAACGAUCAGUUUGAGGAACAGUGGUUUGAGCAGAGAGUCGAUCACUUCAAUAAACAGGACAACAGGACUUUUAAACAGCUCUAUUAUGUGGAGGAUUCUCAUUAUAAAAGUGGUGGACCAGUAUUUCUCAUGAUUAGUGGUGAAGAUGAGGUCAGUUCCAUAUGGCUCACAAAUGCCACUUAUAUGGGAGAAUUGGCUCAAAGGUUCGGCGCUUUGGCAGUGAUUUUAGAGCACCGGUAUUACGGGAGAUCAGUCCCCACACCAGACCUGUCCACUGAGAAUCUCAAAUACUUGACCACACAAUUGGCGCUCAAAGACUUGGAACAGUUUGCACUGUAUUUGACUAAAAAGUUAUCACUUGAAGGCAGCAAAUGGGUUGCGUUCGGGGGCUCCUAUCCGGGCGCUCUCGCCGCGUGGUUUAGGCAGAAGUACCCCAACACAGCUGUCGGUGCCAUAGCCUCGAGCGCACCCGUCGAAGCUAUUAUCAAUAAUCCAAACUAUUUAGGAGUUGUUAGCGAAUCGCUGGGAAAGGAGUGCUCCGAUAAUAUCAGGAAAGCCCACAUCGAGUUAGAAAAUCUCCUGAAAACACCGGAAGGUGUGAUAAAAUUACGCAAAACAUUGAAUUUGUGCCAAUCGUUUGACGGCAAAAAUAUCAACGAUAAUCGUUGGCUAGUUCAGGGACCGAUGACUAAUAUAGCAAUGAUUGUUCAAUAUAACAAUAAUAUCGAUCGCGUCCGUAAGAUAAUGAACGACUCAUCAAUCGGUACACCACUGGAAAGGUAUGCCAGAGUACAGGGUGUGAAUCAAACACUUCCCUGCAGUGAUUUCAAGUAUGACGAUAUGAUCAGUAUCUUAAAAAACACAACCAUUGAUCAUAAAGGAAUGGCUCGACAGUGGUAUUAUCAGAUGUGCACAGAAUUGGGUUAUUUCCAGACCAGUGAUAUCCCCGACUCUAUUGCUGGUCACAGUAUUCCCCUUGAGUUUUAUGUGAAAAAGUGCGCCGAUAUAUAUGGCCCACAAUUCACGGCACAAAGCAUACAGAAAGCGGUCGACCGGACGAAUGCCUAUUACGGGGGACUAAAGCCAAACGUAACAAACGUGGUGUUCCCUAACGGGUCACUCGACCCCUGGCACUCACUCAGUAUACUUAAAGAUCUUAAUAACAGUACUAAAGCUGUUAUGGUUGAAAACUACUCACACGGCGGCGAUAUGUGGGGAUCAACACCGAAGGAUACCCAGAGUUUAAAAAACGCCCACAAAUUAAUUGAUCAACAAAUCACAGAAUAUUUGAAAUAA